ACCCGCAAUUUCGCAUCUUCUGUCGUCUUACAUAUAUAUAUAUAUAUAUAUAUACACGCGGCUUGUAGCUCUGUGAGUGUUCCAGUGUAGCGUUACUCGAAAGCGAAGAGAGAAGAGGAAGAAGAAGAAGAUAGUCCUGAAAAGAUCUUGAAAAAGUUAAAGCUUGAGAAUGGAAGGCACCGUAUUCACCCCUGCUUUAGAAGCAAUGAAACAUGUCAAAUCUGAGGAGGGAGAAAUGCUUACCAAACCUUUCUUGGAUGCUUGCAAACUGAUCUUACCUGUUAUAGAGAAGUUCGGUGCAGCCAUGGCACUGGUGAAAUCUGACAUUGGUGGCAAUAUAACGAGGUUGGAGAACAAGUACUCCACAGACCCUACAAAGUAUAAGUGCUUGUACAGCAUGGUACAAGAAGAAGUUGAAGCAAAGACGGCAAAAGGCUCAUCUAGUUGCACAAAUGGGCUUCUUUGGUUGACCAGGGCAAUGGAUUUCUUAACGGAAUUGUUCAGGAAUUUAUUAGAGCAUGCAGACUGGGCUAUGUCACAAGCUUGCUCAGAUUCCUACAGCAAGACAUUGAAAAAGUUUCAUGGCUGGCUUGCUAGUUCAAGCUUUACGGUUGCAAUGAAGCUUGCUCCCGAUAGGAAGAAAUUUAUGGAUGUCAUUGGUGGGACUGGUGAUAUCAACACUGACAUUGAAAAGUUCUGUACAAAUUUUUCACCAUUUCUCGAGGAGAACCAUAAGUUCUUGGCCAGCGUUGGAAUGGAUGAUCUUAAGGCUUCCUAAUCACCUGAAGGCAAAAUAACCAGUUAUCCAACUCAACAAAGAUCCAUUCAUGUAUACUGAUCAAACCCCAGAGUCUAUGCUUUCUCUUUAUGUUAUUAUACACAAUGUCUUGAAAGGCACAUUUGGCAUUAUGCUAUUGAUAGAGGAAAUGUCUUUGAAGUUGAACCUUGGGUGUUAUUUUAUAUAUGGAGUACUAUUAUAUUUCCCAUCA